CGCGGUUUCCGGCGCAAUGGCGGCCAAGGCCUUCAAAGUGCGAGCCGGGCCCGGAGGGCGCAAAUACGGGCUGGCGGCCGGGAGCCUCGCGGAGCUGCUGCGGAAGGCCUCCCUGCUGGAGCCGCCCUUGGUCGAAGGCUGCCGGCUGGGCUGCUACGAGGACGGCGCCCAAGUCAGCGAGGAGGCCUUCCGUGCCCUGCCCGAGGACGCCGAGCUCAUCCUGCUGCGGCCCGGGGAGGAAUGGAAGGGAUACGUCAGUGAGAUCGAGCGCUUCCUGAGCGCUUUCUCCAGCUGUUCCUCUGGCGUGGUCCACGCAGCUCGGGGGCUCCUGUCAGGCGAGGAGGCUCCUAAGAGGUGCAAACUGCUGUCUGAUCUGAUUCAGAACCUCAACGAAAAUAUUUCUGCAGAAAGCAGAAAGGAAGACGAGAUGUGGUUUGAAGGGGUUGAAUCUCGGUUUAAGACCAAGUCCAGUUAUAUGCGCCAUAGUUGUGAGAGCAGAAUCCGUGGAUACAUGAAAGAGGUUGGGGCUUACAUUUCUGCCGUCCCUCCCGCCCUCCAAAUGAAAUUCAGAGGGAUCGCUGAAGCCAUGCUGGAGAAACUGAAGUUGGAGAAAUAUAAUGGUUUUUAUUUUGACCGGAAGGAAGAGACCAAGGACCGCCUCUGCACACCGGAAGGCUGGUUCUCUUGCCAAGGCCCUUUUGACACCGAAGACUGUUCCUGGAGACACUCCAUCAACCCUUAUGGGAACAAAGAAAGCCGGAUUCUGUUCAGCACGUGGAACCUCGACCACAUAAUUGAGAAGAAACGGGAGGUCCUGCCCACCUUAGUCGAGGCUGUGAAAGGCUGCGACGGGAAGGAAAUUGACUGGGAAUAUUUUUACCGGCUCAUGUUCACCACAGACAAUUUGAAACUGGUGCACAUUGUGUGCCACAAGAAAACGGUCCACAACUUCGGCUGCGACCGAACAAAAAUCUACCGUAAACGAAAGACAGGCCGGAAGAGCAGGCCUCUUUGCAGCCGCGCCUUGAGCCCCCGGGUUCAGUUGUCGAAAAUGAAACAAAAAACCGACGGUAAACUUCCUAAAAAUAAGAUGAUAAAAAAAACCCCACCCCAUAGCUAAGAAGGGAUCCGCUUAACGGCUGUGCCGUUUAUUUAACAACCCCUGCAAAAGUUAUUGAAUCGAGUUUGCCUGGCCAGGGAGCCAUUUUUGUUAUUUAAAUUAUUGCUUUUAACUCCAUUCCAUUUUUUUAAAAAAAAAGAUUAAAAAUAAAAAAACAAGAUUUUUUAAAAAUUACAGAAAUUAA